CAUAAAACCACAGGGCGGGGCAGAACGAUCAAGAUCCAGUUCGGACCAACGCGUUAAAUCGUGACACCUUCCUAACUUUGUACUUCCCUGUCCCGACAUUUGAAUGUUACGUUUUGUCCCCACCUUAGGAAGGAAACCGCGUAUCGCGAGCACGCUACUCCCUUCCGUCUCCCAUAAUGCAGCGACAUCUAUUUAAAAGAGCAGUUCGCCCAGAUCUCCCCUCCCCUGUGAGUGCAGUGCAUUCGGUGCUAGCUUGAGGAAGGGCUGCGUUUUCAUUGGCUCUUCUCGUCAGAACGCCACCUGAACGUACGCUUCAACUGUCUCCUACAUCCUGUCUUCUCUGUAAUAUUUUGGGCGAGCCGAUGUGCAGUUCAUUGUUAUUGGGAUAAAUAUACCAACAAGACUCCCUGGGAAUACCAGUACUGAAAAAGCUGGAGUAUGAGUUCUUCGAGGAUAAAAAGCCGAAGGGCCGAACACAGUUUGGGGGCGGAGAAAGAACAUUUUGACAAGCAGCAGCUCAGCAGCAUCAGCAAAGCCAUCAGCAACACUGAGGCUCCUGUGAAAGAGAAGCAUGCUCGCAGGAUCAUCCUGGGGACCUACAGGGAGAAGGGGGCCUUCACCUUCUGGUCCUACGCCCAGGGGCUGCCCCUGGCCAGCAGUGCCAUCCUCAGCUGGAAGUUCUGCCACGUGCUGCACAAGGUGCUCCGUGAUGGCCACCAGAACACUCUGCAGGACUGCGCCAGACACAAAAGCAGCGUGAUGGAGACCGGACGGUUUUGGGCUAAUCUCCAUGACCAUUAUGGACAGCUGGUCGCCCUUUACGCCAAUCUCCUCAUCACCAAAAUGGAUUUCCACAUGAAGCACGCAGAAAUCCGCGCCAACCUGGAGGUUUCUGACGAAGUCCUGGAGCGUGCUGCGGGAACAGACAUCAACAAUGUUUUCCAGAUGACCGUGGAGGUGUUGGACUACAUGGAUGUGGAGCUGAAGGUGGCUGAGACAGUGAUCCGGCAGCUGAACACCUCCAUCGCCAUCUCCACCACCACGUCUGGGCAGUGCCGUCUGUCUCCCCUCAUCCAGGUCAUCCAGGACAGCAGCCACCUCUACCACUUCACCGUCAAGCUGCUCUUCAAACUGCACGCCUGUUUGCCGUUAGACACCCUGCAGGGUCACAGGGACCGAUUCCACGACCAGUUCCACAGCCUGAAGGGCUUCUUCAACAAGUGCAGGGACAUGAUGUACUUCAAACGGCUCAUUCAGAUCCCCAAGCUGCCAGAUUCCCCACCCAACUUCCUGCGGGCGUCGGCGCUGGCGGAGCACGUGAAGCCGGUGGUGGUGAUGGCGGACGAGGACCCCCCGGAGGAGGAUGACGGCGAGCCGCUGGUGGAGUUCAACAGCACGCCGCAGCACCUCACAGCCUUCCAGAUGCAGCCGCAGCCUCCCCCACAGCCACAGCUUGACAUAUUUGAUCAGACCUUCGGGCCCCCGAAUGGUGGAUUCGACCCCAAGGACCUGCAGAUCGACAGCCUGAAGCAGGAGAUCGAGUUUCUGAAGGCCGAGCUGGAGCGGAUGAAAACUGAGGCCCAGCGCUACAUCACACAGCUGAAGUCUCAGAUCAACAGUCUGGAGGCGGAGCUGGAGGAGCAGCGGGCUCAGAAACAGCGCGCCCUGGUGGAGAACGAGCAGCUGCGCAUGGAGCUGGAGGCGCUGAGGAGGCACACUGCAGAGACCGACCAGGCACAGCUCACCUACAUGGAGACAGAGAGGCGGGCCCAGGAUUCAGAGCUGCGCUACACCAAGCUGAAGGAGAAACACGCUGAGCUGGUCUCCAACCACGCCGAGCUGCUCAGGAAGAGCGCAGACACGGUGAAGAUGCUGUCGGCCAGCCAGCAGACACAGGAGGAGGUGGCCCGGACCAGGCAGCAGCUGGCCUUCGAGGUGGAGAGCAUCAAGCAGGAGUCCGACAUGAAGCUGGAGGAGCAGAAGUUUGAGGUGGACAAGCUGAGGCGUGAGCUGGAGGAGAAGAUGGUGGAGCUCCAGAGGACACAGGCCUCUCUGCAGACCAACACGCACACGGGGGAGAGGCUGAGCAGUGAGAUGCUGGGGCUCCAGGCUCAGAAGGAGACGCUGUUGCACGCGGUGAGUGAGAAGGACGCGGAGCUCUCCUCCCUGCGCCAGACUGCACAGACGCAGCAGUCCUCCCUGCAGCAGGAGCGGGAGAAGAGUGCCAGAGACAUGGACGAGCUGCAGAGCAAGCUGAGGGACAAGUUGAGCCGGGAGGAGCAGUUGCAGCAGCAGCUGUUGGAGGACCAGUUCUCCCUGCUGCAGGGCACCGUGACCGAGGCACAGAGCAUCAUCCAGGACGCCGUCGACAAACUGGACGACCCCCUGCACCUGCGCUGCACCUCCUCCCCAGAUUACCUUGUAAGCAGGGCAGAAGCUACUCUUGACUCUAUUGACAAGGUGAAGAAAGGCCAGACAGACUACCUAAAGGACAUGAAAGACGCCAGUGGGCUUCUGCGGGCAGUUACCCAGUUCUCCCACCUGGCGGCCGACACCAUCGUCAACGGCAGCGCCACCGCCCACAUGGCCCCCACAGACCACGCUGACCGCCUGACGGAUAACUGCCGAGGCUGUGCCACGGAGACGCUGCAGUUCCUCCAGGAGCUGAAGUCCAAGCCCACUCUGCAGCGGGCCGACCCGGCCUCCGCUCGCACCAUCGUCCAGAAGAUCCUGCAGCUGGCCCAGGACCUCAGGCCCAAGGGCUCGGACAUCCGGCAGGAGGAGCUGGGGGACCUGGUGGAUAAGGAGAUGGCGUCCACGUCCGCAGCCAUCGAAGAGGCUGUGCGGAGGAUCGACGAAAUGGUGAACCAAGCCAGGAAGGACACCUCUGGGGUCAAACUGGAGGUCAAUGAGAGAAUCCUCUACUCCUGCACUGACCUCAUGAAGGCUAUCCACCUGCUGGUGAUCGCCUCCAAAGACCUGCAGAAGGAGAUUGUGGAGGGUGGACGGGGUGCGGCCUCCAUUAAGGAGUUCUACGCCAGGAACUCUCGCUGGACCGAGGGGCUGAUCUCCGCCUCCAAGGCUGUGGGAUGGGGCGCCACACAGAUGGUCGAGUCGGCCGAUAAGGUGGUGCUGCACACGGGGAAGUACGAGGAGCUGAUCGUCUGCUCCCACGAGAUCGCCGCCAGCACCGCCCAGCUUGUCGCCGCCUCCAAGGUGAAGGCUGACCGCGACAGCAAGAGGUUGGUGUCCCUACAGCAGGCCUCCCGGCGCGUUAACGAGAUGGCCGCCAAUGUGGUGGCGUCCACCAAGACCGGGCAGGACCAGAUCGAGGACAAAGAUACCAUGGACUUUUCCGGAAUGAACCUGAUGAAGCUGAAGAAAGAGGAGAUUGAGUCACAGGUGCGGGUGUUGGAGCUGGAGUCUAACCUGGAGAACGAGAGGGUCCGGCUGGGGGAGCUGAGGAGGAAGCACUACGAGCUGGCUGGCAGCCCCCUGGAUCCUGAAAAUGACAACAACGGAGUCUCCAACAAGGCUCCUCCCUCCCCCAAACCUGCCAAGCCUUCCCUCUUUAAGAAGCCUUCGCUGCCACGGAAACCGAGCCCACUCGCAAAGAACCCGUUCAGGUGAACAGCAGCUGAAGGCGACUACCCCCAUUGGCCUGACGACUAAGCCGAUCCAAAAGGGAGAGACGCCGUCCUCUUUGUGUCCCCACCUAUUGUCAACAUAUCCCAGCAUCCUCUCUUCCUUCGCUCUGUCCAUGGCCACUCAUCAUACACCACGUCAACAGCCCCCCCCCCACCUCACUCCACCUCUUUCACUCUUGCUGACCAACCUGAAAAUAGCCUCCCGCUGCCUUCUCGUUGAAAGAACAAUAACGUCUGUCUCUGCCUUACCUAACAUUGCCUGUAGCUUGCGUCAGGCUUGCACUCAGCUCUGCAGUAUAUUCAGGGAAAACACUGAGCUCACAUGGCCAUUGUAAAGAACUUGUGUUGCUUUUAUUGGAAUACUUUUAAUAUAGUGCUUUUAGAGGUUGAACCUGUAUUUUUAAUGCAAUGGUGCCUCUUUCUAUGUUAUUUUGUUUCUGCAUUGUACAUUAGCAUAUGAACAUAUUUUGAUCAGAAUAUAUAAUGCAGUCUUAUACAAUGAGUGUAUUUGAGGGACAACUGCUAUAUACCGAUAUUUUCUUUUUAUGUUUUUAACUACUUUGGAAUAUAUAUGAGUUAUGUCUGUAAACCGAUAUUUAGUAACCUGUGGAAUACACAUCAGAAUAUGCAACUAUUAUUUCAGUCAAGUUUCAGUUAGUCUUUUGUUAGACAGCUUAAUUUAAAAUGGUGAAGUUUUCCAGUGUAUCUGCCAUUUAAUGUGAAUCAUGGGUAUAUAAGGGCAUCUUUACAGGCUUUACAGGUUUGGUGAAUCUCAAAACUCAUAAUCUAAAAUUUCUCUGGGUUCUUAGGUAGUGCUGCUGUUUGCAUACUCACAGAAAUCUACUUAGAACAGAAAUAACAUCUACUACUCUUGAUUGCUGUCUUAAUUUCACAGGGUUGGGUUUUCUUUUUGAAUUGAUGCACAAGCACAAUAUUAGGUGGUAAAGUACACAGAUCACUGGUUUCCUGGCAGUGAAAAAGCAGGAUUGAUUCUUGAGGAAAUUUUUUAAUGUUUUAAACUUUGUUAUUUUUUAAGUUGGUUAUAGUUUUAAACUUCAUUAAAAAAAAAAGCCUGGCCUUCAGUUCAGCUGUGAAAUUACUCAUUUGUAAUCAGUCGUUAUCACAAUCACUCAUAGAUUUAUAGAGGUGAGCAAAAGCAUGGCCCCUAAACAUCAACUGCAAUACGUUAAGUUAUGGGAAACGUAGUUCCAUAACCCUAAUCUUUUUCGAUUUGCUUAAAAUCUGUUUAUUUUUCUAUAGAACUACAUUACCCAUGAUGAUCUAUUUGUUUGAGCUUGUAGUACACUGUCCCUGGCAGUCCAGAGUAAUGCUCCUUUAUUUGUCAUUUAGCUUCUUAUUAGUCCAGAUUCUCAUCAUUUACCGACUCCCUGGGCUCUGGGUUCUAUGAACCAUGUUUUUCCUGAUUUUAUUGUUAUUUUUUAACAAGUAGGUCAAUACUGGACUUUAUAAAUCUGCUUGUUAAGCCACCAAGACAUUAUACAUGUUCUGGAAUAAAGCACACACAACAUGUUAAAGGAAAACCAAAUGAACCUGCCCUCUUAACAAGGUUUAAGGUGGGUCUAUGGGUGUGUUUUGAACUUUGAGAAAUGCUUUGCUCUCUUGUUCUUUUCCUGUAUGAAACCUUCAUUUAUACUCUCAGAUGUAUUAAUAUAUUUUAGUAAGCAUUACUGUGGUUUUCUGUAAUAAAUGUAAAUGUUGAAUUAAUAAUAAAUCGUUAUGGAUA